UUGUUCAUCUUUGUUCGGAUACCGUCAAUUAUCCCAGAUUUGCCUGCAAGUUCUUGUUUUCUUUAACUCAUUUCUUUCUUCCUUCCCAUAUAUCAUAGUUAUUCUAUAUCCAAGCCAUGUCUGAACCCCCAGUGAAACUAGUUCUCCAAAAGCCCCCCGGAUACAAAGACCCAAAAGCUCCGGCCGAUCAGCGUGCACUUAGACCACCGCCACGGAAACCGGUUCUCCCGCCGUCUUUCCAUCUCAAGAAAAGAAAGACUAAUUACUUUCGUACUUGUUGUUGCUGUUUCUGCAUCUUCUUUUUUAUCUUCCUCCUCGUCAUCAUUUCCGGCGCCGUUUUCUACCUCUGGUUCAACCUGAAAUUACCCCGAUUCCACGUCCAAUCGUUCCGGAUCUCCCACUUCAACGUCACAAAAAGACCCGACGGAACCUACCUCGAUGACAAGACGACGACGAGACUCGAAGUGAGGAACGCAAACGGAAAGAUGAGUUACUAUUACGGGGACACGAAGGUUGACGUAACCGUCGGUGAAAGAGGGGACAAGACCGAGUUGGGAACGACGACGGUGCCCGAGUUCACCAUGUGGAAAAAGAACAUGACGAGUUUGAGAGCAGAGACGAAGGUGAGUAACAAGCUAGUGGUGGAUGAGGUAGGGAACAAGCUCAAGAAUGGGUACCGAAGCAAGAGUUUAACGGUGAACGUGGAGGCUCGGACGAGAGUCGGAGUGAGCGUGGCGUGGUUAAAGACCGGAAGGGUCGGGUUGACCGUUAAGUGCAAUGGAAUAUCCGAGAAACAACUUGACGGUGGUGACAUGCCGAAAUGCGCCAUCAUGUUAAAAUGGUAA